CAUGACAUGAAGCGCACAAAGUGGGAAUACAAGUCAGGAGCAAGGAGCUGGCGGGCCACGGCGAAGAGCGCUGCCGAUCCCGCCUGCCACCCACCGCCUCGGCGUGCGAUUCUCAGACCUGCGGCGGGACCGAAAGGCGCAAAUACGCAGGGCGCGGAAAGGGUCACAAAAGGGACUGAGCGGCUCUGGAGGGGACACUGGAGUAGCGAAUAGACAGACACGUUUUGAUCCAAAGAAACAAAUCCUCAACCGUCCAAUUGUGCAGCCGGUUUUGUUUGGCAUCGGAAUAUCGAGAUGUCUUCCUAAAAACCCAAAUUACCGCGAAGAGCCCCGACGCGUCAAGCUUGGUGACUUUUAUUUACCGACGGGAUUUUCCUCGUCGCCUCUUUAAAUGUGGCACGAGCAAGUCCAGAAUAGCAGCGGUUACGGCUCCGACCCCCAAGUGAAGGUGACAGGCUCGUCACCUGCCGGGAGCGUACGCCGUUAGAAGGGCGCAAAUCCAAGAGGAGGAGGAGGAAGAAGAAGAAGAAGAAGAAGAAGAAGAAGAAGAAGAACGGGCGUCCCGAGUAACUCCCGAGAAGCCGACACGUGCGGGGCUCCGGUUAACUGGGAUUCUUUGAAAUGAGGCUACGGACUUGGAGGUCCAGGGACACCAGAGGAAUAUAAUGACCUUCUGCCGAGGAGCCGGAGAACGCGUCAGCAGCGCUGCCAUUCCUGUCGCCAAAAGAAGAACAACAACCUGAGGCAGGUACGCCGCGUCGGAGGAGGAGGAUGAGGACCUGGGAAUUGAGCAGGCACAUGGAGAACUAGUGCAGGAACUCACUGGCCAGGAUGGGCUUUCCUUUGGGCUGGCUGAGAGCCUCCCUGUGGCUGCUGCUCUGGGGUGUCCGUGGCAGCCUGGCCCGAGCAUUUGGAGUGCCAGCAGUCAAUGUGGCAGUGGUAUUUGGAGGUCCUUCUUACCAGAUGGAGAUUAAGGGAAGGCUGAGCCGUGAAAACUUCUUGGAUUUGCCACUAGAGGUGAACCCGGUCACUGUCAUCAUCAAUGACACCAACCCGCGGGCCUUGCUGACACGGAUAUGUGACACUCUGGCUGCCACGCACAUCCACGGCAUGGUGUUUGAGGAUAAUAUUGGAACGGAAGCCGUCGCCCAGAUUUUGGACUUCAUCUCUUCACAGACGUCUGUCCCAAUCGUGGGCAUCAGCGGAGGGUCUGCCGUGGUGCUGACACCCAAGGAACAAGGGUCGACUUUCCUGCAGCUGGGCUCCUCUGUGGACCAGCAGAUUGGUGUCAUCUUCAAAGUGAUGGAGGAGUACGACUGGGGCUCCUUCGCCAUCAUCACCAGCCAGUACCCGGGCUACCAGGACUUCAUCGAGUACAUCGAGUCCUUCAUCGACACGAGUUACUUUGGCUGGGAGCUGCAGGACAUCCUGAGCUUCGACAUGUCCUACGAGAGCAGCAGCAGCACCAGGGUGGGCCGGAUGCUGAGACAGGUGGACGCCCAGGUGCUGAUCGUUUACUGCUCCCACGACGAGGCCCAGUACCUGUUUGCCGUGGCAGCCGAGGCGGGUCUCAUCGGCCCCGGCUACAUCUGGAUCAUCCCGAGCCUGGCGGUGGGCAGCAUGGACGUGGCAACGCCAGACAUCUUUCCGGUCGGGCUCAUCAGCGUCUUGACGGACCGCUGGAAGAUGAGCCUAAGACAGCGCGUGCGGGAUGGCGUGGCCGUCGUGGUGAAGGGCGUACAGAGCUUCAUGAGGCAGCACGGCUAUGUGCCGGAAGGGCACACGGACUGCCGCUCCCCUGCUGUGUCAUCCCACAAUGACACCUUCUACAGGCACAUGCUAAAUGUCACCUGGGAACAGAAGGACUUCUCCUUUAACAGCGAUGGCUACCUGGUGAACCCAUCCAUGGUGAUCAUCACUCUCAACCGAGAGCGCCAGUGGGAGAAGGUUGGGACGUACGAGCAGGGAAUCAUUCAGAUGAGGUAUCCCGUGUGGCCAAGGUAUGGCACAUUCCUCGAACCUGUGUCAGACAACCGCCACCUGACCGUGGCCACCUUGGAGGAGAGGCCUUUUGUCAUUGUGGAGAAUGUCGACCCGAUCACGAGGACCUGCGUCAGGAACACCGUGCCCUGCCGGAAGCAGUCCAACCGCACAGACAGCUUUAUUGCCACGUCAGAGCCGUAUGGCAAACUCUGCUGCAAAGGCUUCUGCAUCGACAUCCUCAAGAAGCUGGCCAGGACCAUCAAGUUCUCGUAUGACCUCUAUCUGGUCACCAAUGGCAAACACGGAAAGAAGGUCAAAGGGGUCUGGAAUGGCAUGAUUGGAGAGGUGUACUACAAGCGUGCUGACAUGGCUAUUGGCUCCCUGACAAUCAACGAGGAGCGAUCGGAGAUAAUCGACUUCUCUGUGCCCUUUGUGGAGACUGGAAUCAGCGUAAUGGUGGCCAGAAGUAAUGGCACAGUCUCGCCAUCUGCCUUCCUGGAGCCGUACAGCCCGGCGGUGUGGGUCAUGAUGUUCGUCAUGUGUCUCACGGUGGUCGCCAUCACUGUCUUCAUCUUUGAGUACUUCAGUCCAGUCGGCUACAACCGUUGUCUCACCAGCGCCAAAAACCCCGGAGGCCCGACGUUCACAAUCGGCAAGUCCAUCUGGCUGCUCUGGGCCCUCGUGUUCAACAAUUCAGUCCCUAUUGAGAACCCUAAAGGCACAACCAGUAAGAUUAUGGUGCUAGUCUGGGCAUUCUUUGCAGUCAUCUUUCUCGCCAGUUACACUGCCAACCUCGCUGCCUUCAUGAUCCAAGAGCAGUACAUCGACACAGUGUCUGGGCUGAGCGACAAGAAGUUUCAGAAGCCCCAGGAGCAGUACCCGCCUUUCCGGUUUGGCACCGUUCCCAAUGGCAGCACCGAGAGGAACAUCCGCAGCAAUUACCCUGACAUGCACACCCACAUGAUCAAGUACAACCAGCGCACGGUCGAGGAUGCCCUCAACAGCCUCAAAACCGGGAAGUUGGAUGCCUUCAUCUAUGACGCAGCUGUGCUCAACUACAUGGCUGGCAAGGACGAGGGCUGCAAACUGGUUACAAUUGGCAGCGGGAAGGUGUUUGCCACCACGGGCUAUGGCAUCGCGCUCCAGAAGGACUCUAAAUGGAAGCGUCCUGUGGACCUGGCUCUCCUGCAGUUCCUCGGCGACGGUGACACCCAGAAGCUGCAGACGGUAUGGCUGUCCGGGAUCUGCCAGAAUGAGAAGAACGAAGUGAUGAGCAGCAAGCUGGACAUCGACAACAUGGCUGGCGUCUUCUACAUGCUGCUGGUGGCCAUGGGGCUCAGUCUGCUGGUCUUCGCCUGGGAGCAUCUGCUGUACUGGAAACUGCGGCACUCGGUCCGCAAGUCCAACCGCCUCGACUUCCUGCUGGCCAUCAGUAGGGGCAUAUACAGCUGCUUCAGCGGAGUCGAGGACGUGGAGAGCCCGAUUCACAUCCGCAACCCGGACCUCACCACCAGCUACGCCCAGGCCAACAUGCUCAAGAUGCUGCAGACGGCCAAGGAUAUCGUGUCUUCGGCCAAAGUGGAGAACUCCCUGGAGAACGCCACGCGGACCAUUGAGAGCUGGGCACGGAGAAGUGAAAACAUCAAAGGGGGCUUGGGAGGACGCGGGCCCCUGGCAGCAGCCUCCGAUUCAGUCGCCAGUGCCAUCCGGCUUCCUUACAUUUCCAGCAUCACGGAGAACCACUCGCCCUUCAAUCCGGCCCUGACCAUACACUCUGAAGAAAAUGGCAGCCGGCCGUUAGCGGAGAAGCAGAGGGGCAUCGCCCGGCCCACUCCCAUCCGGUACACGUUGCCUGCCCGGGGGAGCCCACUGUAUGACAGGACACUGCCCAUCUCCAGCCUGAGCAGCCCCCAGAUUGGCAUGAGGGAGUCUGCCCCGCUGAUCGCCCCACACCCCUCCAGCCGGCUCUAUGUGGACGAUCGCCACCGGCACCCUGGCUCUCCGUUUGUUCCCUACCGGGAGCUUCAGCUUCCCGACAUUUACAGUGAACAGGGUGAGCCCGCCUCCCGGAAAGUGGCCGCCGACGGCUUGAUGCGAAAGAAGAGAGCGCAGGCGUACGUGGCCGAGUCUCCGGCGAUGAGGAGGCGGCCUGGGGCGCGGGAGCCAAUCCGGGGCUUUGCUGAGCUGUGUGCCAACCACCUCACGGAGAACCACCUACCGACGGGGCCGGGCACGAGCAGCCCAUACCCAAGAGCCAACAGCAACUGCAACUCGUGCUUGAAGGCCCACCCGGAGCCAGAGGGGGUCCCACUCUUGGGGAAGGAGAAGCUUGCCCGUCGUGCCUCCUUUAUCAAGGCUACAUGGGGGCACAGUGACAAAUUGAGACCCCUGGAGGACAAGGGUGCCUUUCCUUGUGGGAGGAUGAAUGUGCCCGACUUGUUUCCCAGGGUGGCACUGAACAAUAAAGCCAGAGGAGCUGGCUACUGCUGCCCACUUCCCACAGACCAUGCCAACGGCCGCGCCCAUCCCUGCAAGGAGCCGAAGCUGAGGUACUCGCAGUCCACCCGGCUGCCGUCCUACCGAGAGGCCGUGCUGCAGAAUGCGGCCGCCCUCCGCCGCUCGUCCACGGUGGUCCACAGGCACUACUCGGCCUACUUAAACUCCUUCACCAACCUGCCCGUCUACGUGGGCCCCCUCACGCAGGGGCCUCCCCACUUUUAUGGGCAGCCCAAGGACGUGUGUGGCCUCUUCCCCUACAUGGGGCACUACCCCGACGAGCACGGCUUCAUCCCCCGGUGCGGCGGCAGGCGCCUGGUUUACGACGACGAAGAGGAGUAUGGGCGCUAUGACGGCAGCCGGGGGCGAGGAGACCGCAGGCAAGUACUCGUCGCCCGGAGGGUGAACAGCCCGUUUGUGCCAAAGCCCUGGGGGCGAGUGUCGAGUCUCGAGUCGGAGGUCUGAGUGGACCUGCUGUACCACGCCAGAGGGCAGAGAGCCGCUUGGUGCCCACCGGCAGAGACUAACUGAGGCCCAGUGGAAAAGGGGAGAGGCGAAUCGGCCGCUGUCCUCACACCCCGGGGGUCCGCAGCCCGCCGUGUCUCACACUGGACCUUCUCUUAUAGUCACCUUUCACCAGAUGGGUAUGAAAUGGUGCAAAUGCCAUGUCUUCCAAAUGCCACGUCUUGUAAAGGCUGGGCCUACUUGGUGGGUGGUUCUGGUUGGCAUCUGUGUCCUUGAAGCUCUUCCACUACUCAAUAAAAUGUUAGGGGGUCUUUUUGGGGGGGGCUCUACUGCACUUGUCAUCUGCUUUUUAUCUUGUCUUUGUGUCAUUUGAACCCAAGAUGGGCAGGCCUGGAGUUCCAGUCACCAUGGAGGUGACUAAAAGUGGGUGGCAUCAGGCAGGGCAUCUCUUCUCCAGUAGGCCAUGCAGCGUCUACUCACCAAUGCCAAGUCUGUAGUCAGCCGUGGAGGGGGCACUGGUCUGGUUCUGUCAGUGUCCUUGGGUGGUCUGGCCUAAGUGUGUUUCAAGGGUGCUGCCCUAUCAGCUCCAGGCGUGUGCCAGUCUUUGUUUCCUCAUCUGAUGUUUGAAGAGACCUUGCUGGUCCUCUGACAGCUCGGGCACCUCACUCUGUUAAGGGAAGGGGUUCUGCCAGUUUGGGCAGCUUGUUCAUUAGGGGUUUGUCGUCAGGUACGAGCCAUGAUGUGAAAGUGGGCUCAGCUUGGGGGGCUCGGUGGGCUUUGAAACUCAAGAAGCAGUUAGCAGUGGUGAGAGCUGAUUAUGACAUCGCGUCUCUUCCUCCAUGCUGAUGCCAAUAUCCAUGACUGACAUGCCACCUACUGUCCAUCCCUGGACCAAAGCAACCUGAAGGAAAUGCCAGUCUGGCAAGGGGCAGCAGCGACUUCCACUGUCUGCUUUGGGGCUGGGGUCUGGUAAGCCAGAGUUGAAGGGUCAAAAGCCCUUCCCAAGUUGGCACAGACCGGUUUCUUGAUGGUGCCACCGAGAAUUGAACACAGGUCCAGGUGGCUAAGCCACUAUUUGAGCUUUUCAGCCACCUGGCAUCAAAAUCUUCUUGCUUAUUGCACGUGUGCCCUGUGUGCCAACUGCUGAGGCUGAUGUGAUACGGGCCGACAUGUUGGUCGAAGCGGGGGACCCAGCGCCUAUGGUAUGCAUCAGUAUUGGGCACAUGCAGAUGCCCUGGCCAAGCUUGGACAGGCUGGCAUUACCUCUGAUUCAGUCAGCUAUCCACUCUCCCCUUUGUUAUUCUGGGUGAAGGCAGCUGGCACUGAGGGAGUUCUCACACUGGCAUCACCCCAGUGAUGGGGCCCAGGAACUACCCUGAAGGUAGAUGGGCCUUGGCAGGGCACCCAUGAGCUUUCAGCUGGGUCCAGUGGUGAGCACCCAUUUGGCCAGACUGAGUAGGCCUUCCUUCACAACCUUUACGUGUCUUCAUG